UCACACACAGAAAAUGACUCUACAUUGGUUCUUAGUGAUUUUCAUUCAGAUAUUACAUUCAGUGCAUUCUGGUAACGUUAGUGAAAUAAAAAAUAAACAGAAUGUAGAGUCGAUACUUGAUUACCACUCAAUGCCGGCUCUGUCUGAGCUGGACGACUUCGAUCUAUGCCUGAAGAAUCCUGAAGCAUUGUAUUGCAUUGUGGAUAUGGUGCUAAUGGAAGAUGACACGCCAUUGUAUCAAUUUAUUAAGAACUUCUCUUCGUUAUCGUACAAAAACUACAUGCACUCGAAACUCCACCGAGGAGUCUGCGCGUCGCAAAACUGUGGACUUAACACAACGUACGCCAAUCAAACCGACACCACCGAAAAUGAAUUGAAGAGGUGCUUCAAUUCCAGCAUACACGAAGGAUACGGACUUCAAGUUGAGUCGCUCUCAGUGCGCUACUGCAAGACUCAAAACGAUUAUGUUCCACCCGAUCUUCUGGACUAUAUUAUUGGUGUUUUAUUGCUAGCUGUUCUCUUGGUCAACUUUGGUUGCUCCGCAUACGUAUACCUGUUUCCCGAUGAGAAGGAAAAAUGCAACAGAUACUUGAUGGCGUUUUGCGUGCAAAGGAAUUGGAAGGCCCUCAAAUAUGGUGGUAGUGCCGACGGUGGAAUCUUCAAAUGCUUUCAAGCGUUAAGAUUCUACACGAUGGUCAUGAUCCUUGGUCUUCAUUCAAUGAUAUUCAUUGGCUACGGUUACACGGCAAAUCCUGAAUUUAUAGAAAAGUCAUACGACGACUUCUUCAAGUCGCUGCUGUUCAACGCCCGGGUCAUCGUUCAAAUAUUCUUCGUAAUGGGAGGCUUUCUGAUGGCAUACAAGAUGCUGGAGUAUGCUGAAACCCACCGGUUCAGCCUUAAAACCGUUCCUAUGGCUCUCAUUAACCGGUGGUUUAGACUCAUUCCAGCAGUUUUAGUCGUGAUGGGCCUAGCGAUGACCUGGGUACCACACAUGGGCUCAGGACCUAUGUGGGACGCCGUGGUGAAGAGAGAAAGAGAUAUUUGUAGGAAAAACUGGUGGCAAUUAGUGAUCCUGAUGCCCAAUCUGUUCCCUUUUGAACAUUUAUGUCUACCCCAAGCUUGGUACUUAGGAACCGAUACACAAUUAUUCUUGAUGACAUUGGUAAUAAUGCUGGUCAUUUGGCGUUGGCCAAGAAGCGGUGUGCCAGUUCUGUCUGUGGUCAUGGCUCUUAGUCUUCUUAUACCGUUUCUCCAGAGCUAUUUCAUGAAACUCCUCCCCAUCAGAGUCAGCAUUUUUCCGGAAUCCAUAAGAGACAUAUUCGGUUACAAUGACACAUUCUAUCACGCCUACGUGUCAGCGCAAGGAAAUUGGGCCGGUUACCAUUUAGGAGUUCUCACCGCUUAUUUCUAUAGAAAAGCCCAGAACCAAAAUUGGGAUUUGGGCAGCUCUUUUCUAAUGAGACUUCUCUUCAUAGCUUCAGUACCAAUAGCUCUAGGUACUGUCCUAAUGGGCUGGGAUCUACACCACCGCGAAGCUUCGGUCUUUGAAUCAGCGAUCUUCAACGCUCUCAAUCAGAACUUUUUCGCUUUGGCCAUGUGCAUCUUCUUCAUUGGAUACUUCUUCAGAUGUAAUAAGAUUUACGUGAGCGCGGUAGAGUGGGGUCCCUUGCAACCCUUGGGAAGGAUGUCUUACUGCGCCAUGUUGCUUCACGCCACGAUUUUGAGGACCUACGGUGGUCAGAUGAGACGGUCUUUCUAUGCUACUGAUUAUACAGCUAUUAUGCUUUACGCCGGAAUCGUAAGCACCACGUAUUUAUUCGCUCUGCCACUGUACUUAUUCGUUGAAGCACCCGCCUGCCAACUUCAGAAGCUCCUUCUGGGCCCAAAAAGACGGGUACAGCAAAAAGAAGACCUCAAUGCUAACCAAGUGAAGCCUGGAAUAUCUAAUGUCUCCGUAUCUACAGUUUCUACUCAUAUAUAAAGGUGGAGCUUCCAGUUUCCCAAAUUGAUUCAACUGUGUCUCCAUCUUCAUCUGUGACAAAUUUGAAUAUCGCCACUCAGUAAUUCGCUAUUUCAUUCCCUUAGUUCAUGAUAUAAGGUGUACCUGUUCGGUAAUUUUAGUGUUUUUUUUUUAUCUCUUGGUACUAAGCUAUCACUUAGAAUUUGGCAACAAACAGUUAAUGUCAACUAGUUGGAUUUAUUCUACUUUGUUAAUUUAGAGCUCCUUCCGUAAUUUUAAUUCAUUCGA